ACGGUCGUCUCCUAGUCCUCCUUUUGCCUUAUUAGCCGUGCUAGCUAAUGGUAGCUAAGUUAGCAAACUUGAUGUUAUGAUGCUAAAGUCAGGUGUUGAUGACAUGAGCAGUCAGUUGCCAGGAGAGCAUUACAGGAGGUAUCUGCCACCAUGUUAAAUGAACGACAGACGGAUUUUAUUGUUAUUAACCGUGCAAUAUCUAUAACUCUUACAUCCACUAUUACAUGAAUACCAGCUUUGUUGUCAUUGUGUUUAGCUGUAUGUUUCUUUUAUCUGUACCCAUAAUUUUCCAUUAAAGCUGGUUCAUAGUCAUGGUUGUGCACUUGUAUGGUCAUCUCUAUAACAUACAGACAGGCUGCUCCUCAGCUCUCAUCAGUUAAUCUCUACAUUUAGUGUUUCUGUAAUGCAAAAAAAUGACAAAGUGAUAUUCUUGCAUGUCGGUCUAUCAUGUGUCUGAUUUCAUUUCUCAUCUUUUUUUAUGUCCUUUCUCUUCAGACAUGGAGGCAGACAGUGUGAGCAUAUGGCCACGCAUGGAGCCCUUCUUAGUGGGUGCCCUGCAGGUGGCUCCCUUCUCCAAGCUCAGCUUGCACUAUCUGCGCAAGAUGGCGAUCUACGUGCGAACGCGGGACGGCUGCUUCCCCGCUUUGGGCUGGCCCAUGUGGAGGCAUAUCGCCUGUGGAAAACUACAGCUUCCAGAAGACCUAGCGUGGCUCUAUUUCGAGACCUUUGACCUGCUUAUAGGCCACACUCCAGAGGAGAGGUUGGAGUGGGCAGAGUGUCUUUCCCAGUGCUCUUCCAAAAGCGAGCUGGAUCAACAAAGGAACAAGCUGUCUGUGGACACACUGCAGUUCCUCCUCUUCCUCUUCAUCCAGCAGGUGAACCGCGUGUCUCUGCGCACCUCUCUGAUCGGUGAAGAGUGGCCCAGUCAUCGCACCUGCUCCCCCUCUCCAUCAGACCGAGAGGCCAAGACCAGCUCUCAGAACAAGAACUGGGAUGAUCAGGCUCACCUAUCAUUUGUGAAAAGCCAUCUAGCUGAGAUUCUGGAGCUGCUGGUGGAGCCUGGCCAGCUGUCACAGUCUGGACAGGCCCUCAGAGAUUGCCAGAUAUCCCUGGAGGCUGUGCGGAGCCUGGGUCUGCUCCUGGAGGGCUCGGUCGGCCACGGCAGAGCGGUUCAGCCCGUCCACAGGCUGCUGACCAAAGGUCCGCUCCAGACACAAGCCGGCUACUCCCCGAUCAGCCACUCCUUCGGCCUGCACAAGUUCCUCUCGUGUCUCCAGCAGAGCCUCACACUCAACCCCUUUGGGAUGACCGCCUGCCUGUGCUCAGGCAAGAAACUAGCCUGGGCUCAACAAGUGGAGGGAUCCAUGAAGAGAGCCAAGAUAGCCCGAAACACCCACACGGCUCCUCCUGGCAGUAAGAUGGUGCUGAUGUCGCAAGUCUUCAAACAGACGCUGGCGAAAACCUCAGACAAGCUGACCGGUGCCAACAUCAAAAUCCACCGAUGCUCGGAGGCCUUCAUUUACCUUCUCUCACCUCUCAGAUCAGUCAGUAUGGACAAAUGCCGUGACUGCACGGUGGUCCUGGGUCCUGUUGAGACCAGCGUCCACAUCCACAGCUGCCAGAACCUGCGGGUGGUGUGUGUGGCCGGCAGGAUUGCUGUCGGAGUCUCGUCGCAUUGCACCAUCCACGCCUUGACGCCCACCCGCCCCUUGCUCCUCCCGGGAAACACAGACAUUACACUGGGGCCUUUCCACGCGUUCUACCCCUCCCUGGAGGAUCACAUGGCCAGCGUGGGGCUGGCUGUAGUCCCCAAUGCCUGGGAUCAGCCCUUGCUUCUGGGGAACGAGGGCCUCGUCAACACGUCGUCCAACCCGGACCCCGCCUGCUACCGCCUGCUGCCCCCGGCUGAGUUCCACACGCUGGUUGUGCCUUUCCAGACGGAGGGCGACACGUGUGAGGUGCCGGGGGGACUGCCUCCUCCGUAUCAGGCAGCACUCGAUGAAAAGCAGAGGAGGAUUCAGAACUGGCAGAAGACUGUGAUGGCGGCCCGGCUGAACAAGGAGCAGAAGCGGCAGUUCCAGGAGUUGGUGGAGGUCAAGUUCCACGAGUGGCUUCUGGAGACGGGGCACAGGCAGGAACUCGACAGCCUCAUCCCACCCACGAUGGCCUCUUUGAAGGACUCCAGUGGGCCUGAAACAGAGACGCCCCGAGUUAACGAUACCAAACACAUGAGGAAUGGACGGGCAGAGAGACCGUCGCCUAUGGCCUGUUGAACUGUUGGUUUCGCCUCGUCCGGGUCUUAAGGUAGCAUGAGCUACAUGUGGUUCUUAACAAGCAGAGGAGUAUGUUUACUGCGAGUGUUACUGUACGGUAUGUUACACCUUACUCUGGUAAGUCUGGAGCUGUUGAUCCAGCUUUUAUUGCAGCUUACGGCCCACUCGUUGAGUGGAAGGCUGGUGUGGGCUGUUCUAUACAAGUCCAUCUAAAGAAAAACAUGUCUAAGCCAAGUAAGGAGUGGAUUGGCAUGUUGUAAAACAACAUCGCUACAGACACACAGGGUGUAGCAUCUGCAUAGUCACCUCAGGCUUUGAAGGGACAGUGUUAGAGAUUAGGGUUUACAGCUGAACUUCAUCUUUUGGAGACAAAUUCUAAAUCUGAGUUGAGGAGGACAAAAGCACUGACUGGCUGUGACAGGCUAGACACCUGUCAGUCAUGCAUGUGUUCUCUUGAAGCAUCAAUAGCACUUAAAUGUAAUAAUGAUUCGAUAUCCUUCUUUAGUCCGACGCUGUGGCUUAUUGUGGUCGCGUUCCUGGAGAACCACGACUGCUGUGAA